CGUACUUUUUUGGAAAGAAAAGAAAAACAGAGCGAUAAACAACCAAAGACUUAUUGAGAGAGAGAAUGAGAAAGAAAAUCACCAUUAAUGCAGAGCCAGAAACUCAACUACCAAUCUAUUAUAAUUAGAAUGCAAGAAAAUAGCAGCAAUAGUAGUUCAUUUGUCUAACAAAUGCCAGUGUUACAUUCAAACCCUACUUUAUAAUAUAUAUAUAUCAUCAUCUUCUGCUUCUCUGUGUUGUUUUUGUCGCUUUAACAGAUCCAAUGUGGAAUUCGGCAGAGAAUGUGUUUUCCAGAACGUCGUCGUUUAGGGAAGAUGGAGAGGACGAGGAGGCUCUUCGUUGGGCCGCCUUGGAGCGCCUGCCUACAUACUCUCGCGUUCGCCGCUGCAUUUUCAAGGAUGUGGUCGGUGGCUCUAAGGAGGUUGAUGUGAGUGAACUUGAAGUUCAGGAGCAGAAGCUUGUUUUACAACGUCUGGUCAACUCCGUUGAAGAUGAUCCCGAGCGCUUCUUUGAUCGCAUGAGAAAGAGAUUUGAUGCAGUAGAUUUGGAAUCUCCAAAGAUUGAGGUUCGAUUUCAGAAUUUGACGGUUGAAUCUUUUGUUCAUCUCGGAAGUAGAGCACUUCCAACCAUUCCAAAUUUUAUAUUCAACAUGACUGAGGCUCUUCUGAGGCAGUUGAGGAUAUACAGCGGAAAGAGAAGCAAGUUGACGAUUUUACAUAAUACAAGUGGGAUUAUUAGACCUUCAAGAUUGACACUACUGUUGGGUCCUCCAAGCUCUGGAAAGACAACGCUAUUGUUGGCUCUUGCUGGACGACUGGCACAUGAUUUACAGGUGUCAGGGAAAAUUACAUAUAACGGACAUGGUUUAAAUGAGUUUGUGGCUCCAAGGACGUCUGCCUAUGUCAGUCAACAGGAUUGGCAUGUUGCAGAGAUGACUGUAAGGGAAACUCUUGAGUUUGCAGGACGUUGUCAGGGUGUUGGAUUCAAAUAUGAUAUGAUUUCGGAACUUUCAAGAAGAGAGAAGAUUGCUGGGAUAAAACCUGAUGAAGAUCUUGAUAUAUUUAUGAAGUCAUUUGCUUUGGGGGGACAGGAGACAAGCCUUGUGGUGGAAUACAUCAUGAAGAUUUUAGGUUUGGACCUAUGUGCUGACACAUUGGUUGGAGACGAAAUGCUUAAAGGGAUUUCUGGAGGCCAGAAGAAGAGGCUAACAACAGGUGAAUUAUUAGUUGGUCCUGCUAGGGUGCUGUUUAUGGAUGAAAUAUCAAAUGGUCUUGAUAGCUCAACUACUUAUCAAAUCAUCAAAUAUCUUAAGCAUUCUACUCGUGCGCUUGAUGGGACCACUGUCAUUUCUCUGCUUCAACCUUCUCCGGAGACGUAUGAGUUGUUUGAUGAUAUUAUACUUUUGUUUGAGGGCCAAAUUGUGUAUCAGGGACCUCGUGAUUCUGUUCUUGAUUUCUUUACAUCUAUGGGAUUUAGUUGUCCCAAAAGGAAGAAUGUGGCUGACUUCUUGCAAGAAGUUACAUCAAAGAAGGACCAAGAGCAGUAUUGGUCCAACUCUUUCCAACCUUACCGGUAUAUACCUCCAGGAAAGUUUGCUGAAGCUUUUCGUUUGCACCAAAUUGGGAAGACUUUGUCUGCGGAACUGGCCGUUCCUUUUGAUAGACGCUAUAAUCAUCCAGCAGCAUUGUCAACUUCUCAAUAUGGAGAGAAGAAGAGUGAACUUCUCAAAACCAGCUUUAACUGGCAGUUACUGCUGAUAAAACGAAAUUCAUUUAUCCAUGUUUUCAAAUUUGUCCAGCUUCUUUUGGUUGCCUUAAUAACGAUGACUGUUUUUCUCCGGACAACGAUGCACCAUAGGACAAUUGAUGAUGGAGGAUUGUUUCUUGGGUCACUUUACUUUUCCAUGGUCAUUAUUCUUUUUAACGGCUUCACUGAGGUUUCAAUGUUGGUGGCCAAGCUCCCUGUGCUUUACAAGCACAGGGAUUUGCAUUUCUAUCCAAGUUGGGUUUACACACUUCCUUCUUGGGUCUUGAGUAUUCCAACUUCACUCAUAGAAUCUGGUUUCUGGGUGGCUAUUACAUAUUAUGUUAUUGGAUAUGAUCCUGAUGUUACUAGAUUUUUUGGGCAGUUCUUGUUAUAUUUCUUUCUGCACCAGAUGUCUAUAGGUCUCUUCCGUGUUAUAGGAUCCUUAGGUAGAAAUAUGAUAGUUUCCAAUACCUUUGGAUCUUUUGCUAUGUUGGUGGUCAUGGCUCUUGGAGGAUUCAUUAUUUCAAGAGAUCGUAUUCCAAGCUGGUGGAUUUGGGGUUUCUGGGUUUCUCCUUUGAUGUAUGCUCAAAAUGCAGCUUCUGUGAAUGAAUUUCUUGGACAUCCUUGGAAUAAGACGGCUGUGAACACUAACUCUUCAUUAGGAGAGGCAUUAUUGAGAGAACGAAGUUUGUUUCCAGAAAGCUACUGGUAUUGGAUUGGUGUUGGUGCUAUGAUUGGAUAUGCAGUAUUAUUCAACAUUCUUUUCACAUUCUUCCUAAGCUACCUUAAACCUUGGGGAAAGCAACAGGCUGUUGUCUCUAAGGAAGAGCUACAAGAGAGAGACAAGAGAAGGAAAGGUGAAACUGUUGUUAUUGAACUGAGAGAGUAUUUGCAGCAUUCAGGCUCACUAAAUGGAAAAUAUAUCAAGCAGAGAGGCAUGGUUCUUCCAUUUCAACCACUUUCCAUGACCUUCAGCAAUAUCAAUUACUUUGUGGAUGUCCCUAUUUCUCUCAUCCAAGUUUCUCUUCAGGAAUUAAAGCAAGAAGGGAUAUUAGAAGAUAGAUUGCAGUUAUUGGUUAAUAUUACUGGAGCAUUCAGACCUGGUGUGCUUACAGCAUUGGUUGGAGUCAGUGGCGCUGGUAAAACUACCCUUAUGGAUGUUUUAGCAGGUCGAAAAACUGGUGGGGUUAUAGAAGGCAGCGUACAUAUAUCUGGUUAUCCUAAAAGGCAAGAAACUUUUGCGAGAAUUUCAGGUUACUGUGAGCAGAGUGACAUUCAUUCGCCUGGUUUGACUGUCCUGGAAUCACUUCUGUUCUCUGCUUGGCUGCGGUUACCUUCAGACAUUGAUUUGGAGACACAAAGAGCAUUUGUUGAGGAGGUGAUGGAACUUGUGGAGCUGACAUCGUUAAGUGGGGCAUUAGUUGGUCUACCCGGAGUUGAUGGUUUGUCGACUGAACAACGUAAAAGAUUAACAAUUGCUGUUGAACUGGUUGCCAACCCUUCUAUAGUAUUCAUGGAUGAGCCCACGUCAGGUUUAGAUGCAAGGGCUGCAGCAAUAGUGAUGCGAACUGUCAGGAACAUUGUAAAUACUGGGCGAACAAUUGUGUGCACAAUCCAUCAGCCCAGUGUAGACAUUUUUGAAUCCUUUGAUGAGCUUUUGUUUAUGAAGCGUGGAGGAGAGCUCAUAUAUGCUGGUCCACUUGGUCCUAAGUCUUGUGAGCUCAUCAAAUAUUUUGAGGCAGUUGAAGGAGUGCCAAAAAUAAGGCCCGGAUAUAAUCCUGCUGCAUGGAUGCUUGAGGUUACCUCACCAGUUGAAGAAAAUCGCCUGGGUGUAGAUUUUGCAGAAAUUUACAGAUCAUCAAAUUUGUUUCAACGUAAUAAAGAAUUGGUUGAAAUUCUAAGCCAGCCUAGUGCAAAUUCAAAAGAAUUGAACUUUCCAACGAAGUAUUCGCUGUCUUUUUUUGAUCAGUUUCUAGCUUGCCUGUGGAAGCAAAAUCUAUCUUAUUGGCGGAACCCACAAUAUACAGCAGUUCGCUUCUUCUACACUGUUGUCAUUUCAUUAAUGCUUGGAUCAAUAUGUUGGAAAUUUGGUUCAAAAAGGGAGAAUCAACAAGAUUUGUUCAAUGCCAUGGGAUCCAUGUAUCUUGCUGUCCUGUUUAUCGGUAUUACAAAUGGUUCUGCUGUUCAACCAGUUGUUUCUAUUGAAAGAUUUGUUUCAUAUAGAGAGAGAGCUGCUGGGAUGUACUCAGCUCUGCCUUUUGCAUUUGCUCAGGUUGUUAUCGAGUUCCCAUACGUGUUUGGACAAACUGCUAUUUACAGCUCUAUUUUCUAUUCUAUGGCUGCAUUUGAGUGGACUGCUUUGAAAUUUAUUUGGUACUUAUUUUUCAUGUAUUUUACCAUGCUAUACUUCACCUUAUAUGGAAUGAUGACUACUGCUAUCACACCAAAUCAUAAUGUUGCCUCCAUCAUUGCUGCUCCAUUUUAUAUGCUUUGGAACCUUUUCAGUGGCUUUAUGAUUCCUCGCAAGAGUAUGCCCUUUUUCUGGAGAUGGUAUUAUUGGGCAAACCCAGUGGCAUGGAGUCUGUAUGGACUCCUGACAUCCCAGUUUGGUGACGAUGGUAAACUGGUGACGAUUUCAGAUGGAAUUCACUCUGUGCCAGUGAAGCUGUUACUGAAGGAUGUGUUUGGAUUUAGGCAUGACUUUUUGGUUGUAGCGGGUGUAAUGGUGGUUGCCUUCGCUGCAUUUUUUGGAUUCAUAUUUGCUUUUGCAAUAAAAGCCUUCAAGUUCCAGAAGAGAUGACAAGGUGGUUUUGUAUGAUAAGCUUGUAUGACAAAUUGGUAAGUGUAUCAAUUUCCCUUUAAAAAAAAAAAA